UCGACAUCCGCCCCGCACGCGCCCCAGGAGAGCCGACGACUCCCCAGCAGCCCCGCCGAGCAACCCGAGGACAGCCCAGGCAAGAUGACCGCGCAGUGCUGGCUGCUGGCGCUGGUGUGCGUGCUGGCGCUGGCCGGAGAGCUCGCCAGCCCGGCCCUGGCGCGCCCCAGCCCAGACCCCGACCAGCUGGCGGCCAUGGCCGACGCCCUCAAGUACCUGCAGGAGCUGGACCGCUACUACUCGCAGGUCGCCCGCCCCAGUCCCCGAAGCCAGGCUGGGACGGCGCGACCCCGUGAACUGUCCAAGAUGGAAAACGCUAUCAAAAUGCUGCAACUGCAGGAGUUGGACCGCAUGUACGCGCAGAGGACGCGGCCCAGGUUCGGCAAGAGGGCCGAACUCCGUCCAGCAGACGACAGCCCUGCAGAGGACAGCAGCGAGAAGGGGUGGCGUCACUUCCCGCAGAGGAGAUGAGAGUCGACCUCUAUGGCCAUAGAGGUGGCGCCCUCUCCUUUCGGCAGCCCCUCCCCCGACGUGUCCACCCCAGCGCCCUUGACAGUCUCGCCGAGCGGCGACCUUGAGAACUAGGCGGAGCUAGCCGCGCAUCCUUCCCGGGGCCGCCAUAACCUGCACAGAGCUCCCCUUCCCCCUUCCACCACCCCACAUUCUGCUCCUCUCGUCACACCACGUCGCCUACACUCUUAAGUCUAAAGCUGGGUUCACAUUUAAAAAAAUCUUCUCCGUGAAACUAAUGUUGGUAGUGAUAGUACAUACCUAUUUUAAAUAUAAUUCUCUCACGACGGCAGAGUAGCAGCCCGUAACCACUAGUUUUCAACUAGUAAAAUGUUAUUUUUGUGAUAGGUUAGGCAAUUAAAAUAUAAUAAUUAUGUUGAUGAUUAUAAAUUUUUUUAAAUUAGAGUUUGUGAAGAUCAGUUCAAAAUUUCUUUAAUACGUACAGCUCAUUACUUAAUGUUUUAAUUUUAUUUCCCACUUCCACUUUUUGCCACCUUGGAUUGCCCGUGUGAAUCAAUAGGUUCGAAAACAUGGUGGUUAAAUGAUUUACAUAUAACAAAUGUUUCAUCUUUCAGCUAUAAACCUUCAAGCUUCACCCGCCAUGUUGUUUCAUUAUCUUUUCCAUACUUCUCUUAUACCUAGUAUAAAUAAUACAGAUUUUCCAUGAUAACAUUAUUUAUUUAUUUGGUUUUGGCCAAUUUGGCACCAGAUCUGCUGUUUUUGACAAGUCAGGAAAAUAUUCAUAGCUAAAAUAUUUUUCAUGACUAUUGUGUUUGUUUACUUACUAAAAGUUUUUUCUUAAAUACUAUUUUUUUUUUGUUAUUUGCACGAUUUCUUCGAUGGGACAAUUUAAAAAAUAUCGCAAUAAAUAAUCUCGAAUCUGCAAGAAUUAAAAAAAAAAUUACAACUUGGCGGUUGAAGCUGGGAUUUAACUGUAAAAUAUCCUGAAAAUUGAUACACGUUUGACUGCAAAAUUUAGUUGAAACUACUUUAGACUGAUUGAUGUUGUAAAAAUCAUUGAUUUGUGAGCAGGUUUUACAGAGUUUACAUUUAAGAGUGUACUUUGCAUGCAUUCCUGAUACUUGUACCAUGUCUCGACCCAACCUUGCUGUGACGUUGCUGACACAUGUUUUUCAGAUGUAUUCUUUUUGUUGUGUAACCUUCGUGGUGAAUAAUAAAGAACUGGAGUUACAACUUGAAA